GGGGCUCCUGCAUGCUGGCUGUAGAUGGGGCUCCUGCAUGGGGCUCCUGCAUGCUGGCUGUAGAUGGGGCUCCUGCAUGCAGUCUGUAGAUGGGGCUGUAGCAUGCAGUCUGUAGAUGGGGCUCCUGCGUGCAGUCUGUAGAUGGCGCUCCUGCACGCUGGCUGUAGAUGGCGCUCCUGCAUGCAGGCUGUAGAUGGGGCUCCUGCAUGCAGUCUGUAGAUGGGGCUCCUGCAUGCAGUCUGUAGAUGGGGCUCCUGCAUGCUGGCUGUAGAUGGGGCUUCUGCAUGCUGGCUGUAGAUGGGGCUCCUGCAUGCUGGCUGUAGAUGGGGCUCCUGCAUGCUGGCUGUAGAUGGAGCUCCUGCAUGCUGGCUAUAGAUGGGGCUCCUGCAUGCAGUCUGUAGAUGGGGCUCCUGCGCAGUCUGUAGAUGGGCUCCUGGGCACGUCUGUAGAUGGGGCUCCUGCAUGCUGGAUGUAGAUGGGGCUCCUGCAUGUUGGCUGUAGAUGGGGCUGUAGCAUGCAGUCUGUAGAUGGGGCUCCUGCAUGCUGGAUGUAGAUGGGGCUCCUGCAUGUUGGCUGUAGAUGGGGCUGUAGCAUGCAGUCUGUAGAUGGGGCUCCUGCGUGCAGUCUGUAGAUGGGGCUCCUGCAUGCUGGCUGUAGAUGGGGCUCCUGCAUGUUGGCUGUAGAUGGGGCUCCUGCAUGCUGGCUGUAGAUGGGGCUCCUGCAUGCUGGCUGUAGAUGGGGCUGUAGCAUGCAGUCUGUAGAUGGGGCUCCUGCGUGCAGUCUGUAGAUGGGGCUCCUGCGUGCAGUCUGUAGAUGGGGCUCCUGCAUGUCUGUAGAUGGGGCUGUAGCAUGCAGUCUGUAGAUGGGGCUGUAGCAUGCAGUCUGUAGAUGGGGCUGUAGCAUGCAGUCUGUAGAUGGGGCUCCUGCAUGCAGUCUGUAGAUGGGGCUCCUGCAUGCAGUCUGUAGAUGGGGCUCCUGCAUGCAGUCUGUAGAUGGGGCUGUAGCAUGCAGUCUGUAGAUGGGGCUGUAGCAUGCAGUCUGUAGAUGGGGCUGUAGCAUGCAGUCUGUAGAUGGGGCUCCUGCGUGCAGUCUGUAGAUGGGGCUCCUGCAUGCUGGCUGUAGAUGGGGCUCCUGCAUGCUGGCUGUAGAUGGGGCUGUAGCAUGCAGUCUGUAGAUGGGGCUGUAGCGUGCAGUCUGUAGAUGGGGCUCCUGCGUGCAGUCUGUAGAUGGGGCUCCUGCAUGCUGGCUGUAGAUGGGGCUGUAGCAUGCUGGCUGUAGAUGGGGCUGUAGCAUGCAGUCUGUAGAUGGGGCUGUAGCAUGCAGUCUGUAGAUGGGGCUCCUGCAUGCAGUCUGUAGAUGGGGCUCCUGCAUGCAGUCUGUAGAUGGGGCUCCUGCAUGCUGGCUGUAGAUGGGGCUCCUGCAUGCAGUCUGUAGAUGGGGCUGUAGCAUGCAGCAUUCUGAAUGCAUUCCUGUAUUCCAGCAGUAGAUGUCGCUGUUGAAUGCCGCCCGGUGACCAUUCUCUGUGCUGCCUGUAGAUGGCGCUGUUGAAUGCCGCCCGGUGACCAUUCUCUGUGCUGCCUGUAGAUGGCGCUGUUGAAUGCCGCCCGGUGACCAUUCUCUGUGCUGCCUGUAGAUGGCGCUCCCACUCCCAGCCCGCUCAUGGCGUUGCGGAUCGGCACUACAUUUCCCGGCAGGCAUUGCGGGCGCUCUGAGGUCACCGCCCGAUCAGCCAAUCAGCGGCGGCGCAGCGUCGUCCCUCGCGCUCAGUGCGGGUUUGUUUGUCCUCCGCCCGGCGCCAUCUUGUCUGUGAUUUGUCCCCUCGGUGAGCGAGUCGGCGGCCCAGACACCCACCAUGCUGUACCUGGAGGAUUACCUGGAGAGUGAGUGUGAGGGCCGGGCUGUCCGGGGGGGCCGACUCCGGGGCCGGACUCUGACUAACCAUCUCCCCCUCCCCCUCUGUCUCCGCAGUGAUCGAGCAGCUUCCCAUGGAUCUCCGCGACAGGUUCACCGAAAUGCGGGAGAUGGACCUGCAGGUGCAGAGUACGUCAUCACAGGCCCGGGGGGGCCGGAGUGAGGGGCCCGAGACACGGGGAGCCUGUCAUACCGCGACUGGCCGCCAGGGGGCGGGGCUAGCGCAGCCACAGCGAGUCACGUGGGGACUGGCCGCCAGGGGGCGGGGCUAGCGCAGCCACAGAGAGUCACGUGGGGACUGGCCGCCAUGGGGCGGGGCUAGCACAGCCACAGAGAGUCACGUGGGGACUGGCCGCCAGGGGGCGGGGCUAGCGCAGCCACAGAGAGUCACGUGGGGACUGGCCGCCAGGUGGCGGGGCUAGCGCAGCCACAGCGAGUCACGUGGGGACUGGCCGACAGGGGGCGGGGCUAGCACAGCCACAGCGAGUCACGUGGGGACUGGCCGCCAGGGGGCGGGGCUAGCACAGCCACAGAGAGUCACGUGGGGACUGGCCGCCAGGGGGCGGGGCUAGCACAGCCACAGCGAGUCACGUGGGGACUGGCCGACAGGGGGCGGGGCUAGCACAGUCACAGCGAGUCACGUGGGGUCUGGCCGCCAGGGGGCGGGGCUAGCACAGCUACAGCGAGUCACGUGGGGACACCCCGCACUGCUCACACACACAGUGACUGGCAGGGGGCGGAGCUCUCACAUUGAAUGAGUCACGUGGGGAUACCCUUCACUGCUCACACACACAGUGACCGGCAGAGGGCAGUGUGAGUAACUCACAGGAAAUGUCAGCUUGUAUAAAUAUGUCAAUUGUAUAAAUAUUAAUAAUAAUAAAAUUAAUACCAAUAUGAGUUAAAAAUAACAUGUCUUAAAGGGAUGCUAUAGGCACGGAACAACUACAGCUUAAUGUACCUGCAGGCAUUUUAAUGUAAACACUGCCUUUUCACAGAGCGUUACUGCCUUGAGACACCUCCGUGGUAGUCAGUCAGGCGGCCACUAGAGGUGCUUUCUGGGUGUAGCACCGAUGUUCAGUGUCUCCACUCUCUACAUAUUUCAAUGUAUCUCUAUGAAGAAAAGCUGAUUGGCUCAACGUUACAUUUUGCCAUGCAUGCGCAGUAGCCUCCAAAUGCUUUCCUGUGGGAAAACAUUGUAUUGGCUGAGAUCAUCAAAAUUGACGAUCUCAGUGAAGUAAGUAGAGUGUGGGCAGAGCCAGCCAUGGCAAGACCAGCACAGUGUGGGAAAAAGGUAAGUGAAAUACCUGUUUUCAAGAGGGCCGCCCUCAUAGGCGUGCGCAGCCUAUUGCAUUAGGGUGUGCACCCUAAAGCACAAGCACACGCCGCAUAUAUAUGUAUGUAUGUAUAUAUAUAUAUACACUGUGUGUGUGACGGUGCUGGUAGUGGGUGAGGGUGUUUGUGUGUGCGCGCUUGUGAGGGUGCUGUUAAUGUACUGUGUGUGAGGGUGCUGGUAGUGUGCUGUGUGUGUUUGCUAGGGGCCUUUUUGUGAGGGUACUGUUAGUGUGCUGUGUGUGAGGGUGCUGUUUGGGUGCUGUUUGUGUGGGUGCUGUAUGUGUGUGGGUGCUGUGUAUGUGUGUGGGUGUGUGUGCUGUAUGUGAAGCUACAUUACUUGAUAUCCCCCCUCCCUUCUUACCUUAUGCCUGGGAGGGGGGGAUCCUUGUUCCUGUUGCCUUCCCUGGUGGUCCAGUGGAGAGUGAACUCUAGUCCCUGUGGGGCUAGAGUUAACUCUCACGAGAUUUGAGCGUUGCCGUGGCAACGCUCAUCUCGCGAGAGGAACCCGGCGGAGCUACUGGCAAGAGCUCCGCCGGUUCUCUCCUCCCUCCCUGCAUGUGGGUCGGUGAGGAGGGAGGCCGAGAGCAGAGCCGGCGCUCGGAUAGCGCCGGCUCUGCAUGAGCCGACAGAGGAGAUCCUGAGAUCUCCCCUGCCGGUCUCAAUAUACAUAGGUGUGCCGCGGGGAUUAGGGUGUGCCCAGGCCUAUGGCCGCCCUCCUAAAUGGUGACUUCUUAACUAUAGUGUCAGGAAUACACAUUUGUAUCCCUGACAUAGUGUUCGCUUAAUAUGAGAGGAUUGGAGGAGAGCAAUACACUGAAUAAUAAGACAUUACUUAGAGGGUAAACAAACAUAAUAUUUUAAAUGUAAAGCACCUCCAGAUUAUUUUAGAAUUGUUAAUAAUAAUAGUUCUGAAUUUCAAAUGUAGACAGAAUAACCAAACUGGAAAAUUAUCCCACUUUUGUUAAAGCGGGUCUGUUACUUUCCAGUAUUUUAUAAAGAUAUAAACUUUAUGAAAUUCUGAUAAAGACGUGGUUGGAAUUUCACUGAAAUUACAAUGGAAUCCAAAGAUCUAAGACAAAGUAAUAUUGAGCCUGUGGUUGAGAAAAGGAGGAACUCCUGUUUCAACUUUUGUCCAAUCUCAACAACUGCCACAAGUAAUGGCUGCGGGUCUAUGAUCCUGCAUAGACUUCAGUGUUAUAGUCUUGCACAUGUGCAAGAGUACAGCACUGACGUGAUUCCUGGCAGCUGGUGUCAGGUGCCAGAGAGAUCUUCCACAUGAAGAUGGCAGCGAGGGACAGCUGGAGGUAAGUAAAACUCACCACCCCGUGGACACUAGACACACAGUGGGUCUGUUUGUUUCGGAAGUGUUCAGCAUGUGCAAAGGUCCCUAAAAUUGACAGAUCCACUUUAGGUUUUAAUUUAUACUAGAAUGUACUAUAUAAACUUUAAAAAAAGUUACCAAUGCAAGCUGCAAUUUCCACAAGCAGCCUUUUUAUGUAACUUACAAAACAUACCGUACUACAGCUGCAUUGACUCAUUCUGACGAAAUAGACUACACUGAGAUUUUUUUUAAUAGAAUCUUUUUAUGUCUUGCAAAGUAGUGUAACACAAAAACAAAGUAGAUCAUUGAAGCACUGAUCUGGGGACUCUGUGGCUGGAUUCGAUUUGCUCCUCUGUAAACUUUCUCAACAGCCCUAGUUUUUUGGUAAUGCACAACUUUACAUGAAAUUGAAAAGCUGUAGCUUGUUUUGUCCAUAGAAGUCAGUGCAGCUUCAGUACAGUGAAUGUUGUAAGUUAUGUGAAAAGUAUAAAAGCUGCCCUUUCACUUUUGACCUUAAAAUAAAGAGAAAAUCUGAAUGAAAUGAUCUUGUUUAUAGUCAGAAUUUCUUUUAGAUUCCAACACAAUUAGAAGAUAUACAUCAGACUUCUUUGUCUCAUGUAAAACCUGAUCUUUGGCAAGUGGCAGAGCUUCUGCCUCCAUAUCUUGCUAUAACCUUGUCCUAUGGUCAGUAAAUGCCCAUGACAGCUCAUUGCUCAAGCAUAAGAUUGUCUAUGGUAGAUUUUUUGGAAUCUAACAUAGACUGUUGAACUCAUGCAUGCACAGAAGUACACAAUUUUAGAAGUCUCCUGGGAGAUUAAGCCGCAAGUAGCCGAGGAAACCUAGUAAUGGGAAGAUGGUGGAGGGAGAUAAGUACUUCUGUUUCCAGGUGGGUGGAGCUGCGUGUUUCCAUAGAGUCUGCAUAAUGACAGAAGUGCAUGAAGUACACAUUCAAAAUGUAUUAUUUGUUUUUGAUGCAGAUGCAAUGGAUCAAUUGGAACAAAGGGUUGGAGAGUUUUUUGUGAAUGCAAAGAAAAAUAAACCUGAAUGGAGGGAUGAACAAAUGGCAUCUAUUAAGAAAGUAAGUAUUAGGAGUGCUGCUACCUUAUUAAUUUAUUUCCUGAAGGGUCUUUGAAUUAUAUCAAUUUUGGGGAAUUUGUGCAUUAAAAUAUUGUAUUUGCAGCAAUAUCUGUCAGUUCAUUCAAUUUCUGUAUGGGACUGAAAAUAGAGUACAAAUCUCUUGCUCUUUCCAAAAAAUAUCACCAUUACUGCGUAGCAAAAAGUAUAUCAAAAUGUAUCUAGCAAGGGAAAUGUCUAUGUCCUGACACUUGAAGGUAGGUGUCUACUAGCAAAUUGACUCUGGUCACAUAGUAUUGUAUGUGUUAUGCUACUUCGGGAAUGUCAUUUGUUCACCAUUCUUUAAAAAGGAGGUCCAAGAGACUUGCAUCUGUUUCUGUGGACUUAGAUAGUUUUAAAGCAGUGGUUUCAUUAUACUUAUGCUUGUACAGUUACAAGUGUAAUCUAAUGGAAAAAGCAUAUUAACAGUGAAUUACAUAACGGUUGUGCUUAUAUUCAAAGUUCAAAAUAAUUUUUACAUCAUUAACAAUUUUCCUUUUUAAAAGCUUUUUUUUUUUUUGUAUUGAGACUAUAACUUGUUCCUGUUGUUUAUUACAUUACAGGAUUACUUUAAAGCACUAGAAGAUGCAGAUGAAAAGGUUCAGCUAGCCAAUCAGAUUUAUGACUUGGUAAGUUAAUGCUUGCGAAAGCCAAUAAAUGUAUCAGACUCAACUGUAAGGGGUGUGUAUACUAAGCCCUGAAUUGUAGAAAAAUUAAGGCUAAAAUGGACAAUCUCUGACUAGCAGAGUUAGAGAAAAGCUGUUUUGCCAAAACAAUGUUUUCAGGUGACUAUUAUUUAGUGUGAAUAAAAAGAGUUGGUUAAUUAAAAAUGUCCUUAUCUUUACAUCUACCUCAAACAUUAAAAGAACGCGCCGAAUUAGCACUUUUCUAAAUUAACCUUGUUACAGCCAUGCUUUCACACAACUUGUCCUGUUGCUCCUGGGUUUAACUAAGUUCAGCUUAAGUCAAGAGGCAGGCAAUUGCUCAGAGCACCUUUCUUCCAAAAGACUUGUCAUUAAGCUGCAUUGGGAACUCUAUGAUUGGACAGCCACAGCAAAUCUUGGCUAAGGAAGAAUGAGUGGGCUUGUUAAGGCUGCAGAUAAGUUUUACUCUUGUACACCUACUUCCAUUAUGCUUUGCCAUCCUUAAAGUAUCAUGAGAGCAGAGGUUCUGCCUUUUGGCCACCCCUGUCUUGUGCAUUGUCCAAACAUUGGAAGUAUAAGUAGUACUUUUUUCCACUGUGAAUUAUCAUUUUUCUGGAUAUCAUUGAAAAAUAGUUCAAAACUGAAGUAGUGGGGGAGAGCCAUUUCUGCCUUGGGGAGUAAUGCACAAUUAAUUUUAGGUUUUUAUUGUGUUUAUUCUCUUGUAGGUAGAUCGUCAUCUAAGGAAACUGGACCAAGAGUUGGCAAAGUUCAAAAUGGAACUAGAAGCGGAUAAUGCAGGGAUUACUGAAGUCUUAGAAAGAAGUAAGUAUAGAUCUUAAUUGAUGAAAACCUUGAAGGAUUUACUAUUGGAUGCCCUUGAACUUCUAGGCUCUCUUAUUUUUCCACCUUUGUCCUGCUGUGCAUUUUCCUUGUUUGCAGUUACUAAGUAGUGUUUUUUAUUUUUAUUUAGUUUUUUAACCCCUUAAGGACAAAACUUCUGGAAUAAAAGGGAAUCAUGACAUGUCACACAUGUCAUGUGUCCUUAAGGGGUUAAAGGACCACUCUAGGCACCCAGACCACUUCAGCUUAAUGAAGUGGUCUGGGUGCCAGGUCCAGCUAGGGUUAACCCAUUUUUUUUUUUUAUAAACAUAGCAGUUUCAGAGAAACUGCUUUGUUUAUAAAUGGGUUAAGCCUUCCCCCAAAGCCUCUAGCGGCUGUCUCACUGACAGCCGCUAGAGGCGCUUGCGUGCUUCUCACUGUGAAAAUCAGUGAGAGCACGCAAGCGUCCAUAGGAAAGCAUUGUAAAUGCUUUCCUAUGCGAGUGGCUGAAUGCGCGCGCAGCUCUUGCCGCGUGUGCGCAUUCAGCCGACGGGGAGGAACGGUGGAGGAUCGGAGGCAGAGAGCUCCCCGCCCAGUGCUGGAAAAAGGUAAGUUUUACCCCUUUCCAGAGCCGGGCGGGAGGGGGUCCCUGAGGGUGGGGGCACCCUCAGGGCACCAUAGUGCCAGGAAAAAGAGUAUGUUUUCCUGCCACUAUAGUGGUCCUUUAAACACAAUAACUGAUGUUUCAGUCUGCUCCAAGUAACAGUUCUCUUUGCACUCAAGAGGUCCCACUCCAGCAGUGCAGUGUAAGCAUCCUAGCCCAAAAACAACCCUGAUCAAUCUCUGAUCCUUCUUUGUGUGUUCUCAGGUGUGUCCUGAUAUAGAUUGCCUCCCUGAUCAUAGCCCUCAAGAAAAUGUAGUUUCUCAGUGUCACUUUGGCCUAUGUAUAAUAGGCAAUAUUAUUUUUUUAGAACAGGUGAUGUUGUGGAGAGUAAAUGUUGCAAAAAAUAUUUUGGGUGUGGAGUUUGAAUUUAUGGUUGCAUUUUAUAUAGAGUUUAAGGGUAGCAUAUUUAAGUUCUGUAUUCUUUGUAAAAACAACACAAAGGCAUAAAGUGGAGUAUUUGAUAACAAACACGUGGUAAAAUAACUAAAAUGUGAACAUUAACUGGUUAAAUAAUUUUUAAUCACACUUCUUCACAACCUAAAUAUAUUCAGAAAGCAACAAAUAGGGGAGAUCAAACCAUAUUACAGGAUGGAUAUGUAAAGCUAAUGCGAGGCAUUGUGCUCCGCAUGGUGCUGUGUCUUGGUAUGUUUCAAAUUGUCAAGUUCUCAUUAUUCUUCAUAACUCAACCAGGACUUGAUCUUUAGAAAGUGUUGUAAAGAUUUUAGACUGUUUGGAUUUGUUGAGGUAAUACAAUACAGACCUUACUUUUCAUAUUUUAGGAUCCCUGGAGAUGGAUACUCCAUCUCAGCCAGUCAAUAAUCACCAUGCACAUUCACAUUCCUCUGGGGAGAGUAAGUAUAAUUGUUUUUAUUUUUUUCCCCUCCCCCAAAUCUGAUAUUACAAAAUGAGCAAUAUCUGCAUGUUUUUGUGUGUAGAAAGGAAACACAAUCCAUCAUCUCAUCAUUCCACUACAGACCAUGUACCUGAGAAGAAAUUCAAAUCUGAAGCUUUGCUGUCAACUCUUACCUCCGAUGCUUCCAAAGAAAAUACACCCGGUAGUUGCCAGUUUCUUUUUUCUUUUCCAUUCUUUUUAUUUUUUUUAUUUUUUUUUAAAUAAUGCAUCAAAAAGUUUAGGGUCAAAUUUUACUUCAACAAUCCAUUGAAAUGAAGUCAUUACUAACCUUCCAGGUUUGCGAACCUCAUUUCACAAGAUAGUAUAUAUUAUAUUAUAGUCUAUAAAUAUCUGAUGUGCCAAGGUUAGGCACUACACUGUUUAGCCAAUUAACGCUGAUCAGAUAAGUUACGUAAAAUGUAUAGAAUUACACAUUAUAAAGAAAUAUUUCAAUUUGAUACAUGUCCUGUUUUUCCUUCUAAGGCUGCAGAAAUAAUAUAUCCUCAUCCUCCACAAAUAAUGUCUACAAUGUAAAUUCCGCCCAGCCACUGACAUCAUAUAAUUUGAGUACUCUGUCAUCUGGGGCUGGUGCUGGGGCUAUUACAAUGGCAGCUGCACAAGCAGUUCAGGCAACAGCACAGGUAUGUUUUAUUUCUUUAUUUUUGUUCCGAAGUAAAUUGACUUCUAUUUAAAUUUACUGGUUAAGAUCUGCUCACUGCUUUUGUGAACGUUAAGUGAUAUGGAAAUGUUGCAUGUGUCCAUAGAUGAAGGAAGGGAGGCGAACAUCUAGUCUAAAAGCCAGCUACGAAGCUUUUAAAAACAAUGAUUUCCAACUUGGGAGGGAGUUUUUGACUAAAGAUUCAGCAAAUUACUCAUCUUCAGCAUUGGCUUCUACAUUAACACAGACAUUGACUUCUUCAGCGACCACGGACUCAAGAAGUGGGAGAAAAAGCAAGUGAGUACAAAUUAUGGUUUCGACAUGAAAAUGUACCUUAUUUCUUUUUAUCAUCUACGUCUAACGUUACUGAACAGCAAGCUGUAUUGAGUUGAUGUCAUAGCUAAAUAUUAUGAUAUUUUAAUAUAAAAUAUAGUUCUUGGAUGCAUUGUAAUACCCCUAGGAUUCCUAAGAUCUAAACAUAGAAACAGAAAUGUUAGGGGAUAAAGAGUCGUUUUAAAAAGAUUUAUGUAUUCUUAUUGAGAAAAUAGGAAGGAGUUACAGAUUAAGCUGCAUAAAAAUAGCAAUAUAAAAAUCCAAUACAUAUCAAUUCAAUAUACAAUACAAAAUACAAUAUAGAAUAAAGGUAUGUAUUCCAAACGCUACAGUACGGAUGCCUAAUCAAUUAUAUUCCCCCCGCCCCUUGUAAAAUAAAAGAAAACUAGCCUGGCUUCCAAGCCCUCUAAUUUGUAAACUAUAGGAUGUGGGGGCAGGACUGCAGGCACUAUAACAACGUCAAUAAAAUGAAGUUGUUAAAGUGCAUACAGUGUCCCUUUAAGAUUAAGCAAAUUAUAUAUAUAUAUAUGAUAAGUAGAGUUGUGACCCCUUUCUCUCUCUCUCUCAAACUAGAAGUUCUUUUUAUUUUAUGAAAAGACAGUCACACACUAAAAACACCGAUAGGAAUCUCAAAAAAGUAAAACUCUAAACAAAACCAUACUUCACAAGAUAAUAAAUAAAAUACAGAUGGACUGGGACAUAAACUCGCCAAUACAGUCAUAUAACAUAGAGAUGUGAAAGUUAGAGGUAACCAUUAGUCUCUUACAGCGGAAGAGUAGUGCAAAGAACUAGAUUGGGGGGAAAAUUGACCUGCCAGCACCUUGAUCAACAAUCCGAAGCAGAUGAAGUAAUUAUUUCCAAGGAAGCCAGACCUUGUUCUGUGCAAGGAGUCUGCCCAAUAGAUUCGCAGUUAAUUCCUCCGUACCAUGUAUGGAGUUAAUUUUCUGCAGCGCUACCCCUGAAAUCAGUCACAGACUCUUGCCAUCUACAUGCAAAACAAAUGAAAGUCGCUAUACAAAAUUUUAUCAUGGUUUUAAUGCAGGUCUAGACUGUGCAGAACCGCUUGGAACACCACACAGUAGAGCAAGCUUAGAUUCAGGGUCAAGCCAAAGAGCUGACUUAAAUAUCACUCAGGUCUCUUGAGACAACACCCUUCUGACCUCCACUUCAUUUUGGAGCACAGCUUGAAUCCUCUAAAUUGUGCCUUUGCCUGAAUUUGGGUAACUGUAAGUCCUUUCAAAACAGGUUAGUGAAGGGUCUUAAGUUGUUAGAGAGCUAAGGCAAAAAUACAUUUUUAAUAAAUCCAUAGCUUACAUUUACAAAAUAGUGUGAUGAUUUGAAUAUAUUAAAAUAUGUUCACUUUUUUUAUUUUUUUAUUAUUCUACUUUUAUCUUUCUAGGAACAACAACAAAUCUUCAAGUCAGCAGUCAUCUUCUUCAUCAUCUUCGUCAUCUUUAUCGUCCUGUUCGUCAUCAUCUGCCUUAGCACAUGAACUGUCUCAUCAACAAACAGCUGCUGUCCCAGAAUCAGAUUCAAAUAGUCAAGUAGAUUGGACAUAUGAUCCAAAUGAACCUCGUUAUUGUAUUUGCAAUCAGGUCAGUGUUUUCACAUUAUGUGUAUAUGCAAAACCUUUUAACAUUUUGAAUUGUACAUAACCAUAUAUCAUACCAUCGUUUAUUUGCACAAAAGUUAGCUUGCCAUUUAAAAGAAGUUGCUAUUUUGUGUUUGGCCGUUGAGUGGAAGAGUUCUCUCUUUUAUACCAUAUACUUUUAUGCAUUCUCCUCACCUAGCUGAUCCUCGCAGAGCCAUGUUUCUAUGUUGCAUGCCAGAUCUCUUACUUAUUUAUGCUUUCAAUGGGAGAGUGAAAUGUAUGCAAUAUCGUGCACAGUUAAUUCUUUUCAUGAAGAAUUUGCAAUAUUUUGCUUGUUUAAAUCCCAUUUUGGGGCUACAGUUCUUUCUCCUGCCAGUGAUGUCCACUGAAACAGACUGUAGACUGAAUUACAUGCUUGACCUGAAUAUUUGGUUGUGCAUUUUCUUAAUGUUUGUCAUUCAUUUUCAUGCUAGGUAUCGUACGGUGAAAUGGUAGGCUGUGACAACCAAGAUGUAAGUACCUGAAAUCAUACAUGCCAACAUUUUUUUAUUUUUUUAUUUUGAAUGUUUACAGUUUAACGUUAACUCACUGAAUAGUAAGCGGUGUUUAAUAAUAAUGUGCUGCUUUCUCUCCAGCUCCACUAUUUGGACUAUAUUCUUUGUUUGCAAUCCCCUUCCCUAUUUACCACAUUUACUGUUAAGUAAAUAAACCUCAUUAGUAGAUAUUAUCAUGACUUGCAUAACUGAAGAUAACUAUUCUAUUUGCUAUGAUUGCUUGUAGUAUUUCAUAGUAGGCUGUCAGUUCUGUUACACCACAGAUGCAAUGGGACCAGACCAUUUCUAGGCAUGAGAGGCCGUAAUGUCCAAAUAUGCUAUUACUAAUAGAAAGCAAUAAGGACAUGCUCUCCAAACAGUACUUGGAACUGGAAGAGUCUAGAGGUAUCCCACACACAGUACACGUAGCUGCCAAUAGAGUUUAGCGAGUCCACCCAAAUCUACCAAAGAAAUAUCAAGGUUUUUCCAAAACACAGAUUAGUCGUUACUCCUUUUUUCUAUGUCAACCAAAGUCAAAAACGACAAUUGCUUCAUUAUACAGAUUUUAAAAUAAAAUGUUUAUUGUAUUCCUCCAAGAUGAACAUAGUCUGUUUAUCUUUCAGUUGCCUUCUAAUAUUAUAUCUUUACAAUACUUGGAGUUUCUUUGAAACAUAUAAUGUCACACAGAGAAAGAACGCGCUAAAACAUAUGUUCUGUUUUUGUUUUAAUCUGCAAUUUCUAUCUUUUUUUUUCCUUCCUCUUUAAAGUGCCCAAUUGAGUGGUUUCAUUAUGGAUGUGUUGGACUGUCAGAAGCUCCAAAAGGCAAAUGGUACUGCCCUCAGUGUACUGCUGCUAUGAAGCGAAGAGGCAGUAGACAUAAAUAAAGUUUAGUAAAAGACUGUACGAACUUGACUUUACACUCCACUUUUCAUGUUGCUCAAAAAGAAAUGUAACCAUCUGUUCAACUUCCAACUGUCAUUUUGCUACUUGUAAUUAUAUCACAAGCAACAGUAUGCAACAAAACAUAUUGAAACUGAUCAUUGACUACCGCCAUUUGUAUGCAGUUGUUCUCCAUUUUAACUUUGGGCAUUGACUUACAAUUCUCGUAGAGGAGUUAAACAGCCAGGGGUUUUGUUUCUCCUUUCCUCUCCAUUCUGAGGCAGAGACCAUCACUUGCACGGAAUUACAGAUUAAUAUGUAACACUCUAUGUAAAACGAUAUCCCUGAAUUUACUUAAUUGUAUGAAAUAUGGUAAAAUGAAAGCUGUCUAUGGACUUCCUUUGUUUCUCUAUGAAACAAAAUUCAGCUGCUUGAAGCAAAUGUACUUUGGGCCGUUGUGCUGCCGUCCAUUGUUUAUAUGGAUAGAUAAUUUAAACUUCUAUGUAAAGAAUAAAAUGUUGACAUUUAGUAUUUGUAUGUUACUACACAUAAUAGUGUAGUACGGUAUUGACGUAAGCAGUUUUAUACCAAAUGUGUUUAUUUUAUUGUUUAAGUAGUUAAAAAGUAGUUUAUACUAGGAAAUAACAUUUUUCAUGGUUAGUCAUGAAUAUAGAAAUGUUUUGUCUUGCUAUCAUUCAGAAAAAUCAGUAUAGUGCAAAGGACUAACAAAGAAUAAUUCAGAAAUAUGUAACAAACAAAUAUGUUUAAAGGUGAAAACAAAACCUACCUUCCUCCCUGUGGCAAAACCCAGGGGUUUUUUUUCCCAACAGCUUACAGGGUUUGGGUGAGAUUGACUCAUGGUUAGGGAGCAAGGAGAAAUCUUGUGGUCUAUAGGAGAAUUAUGGAGCACAUUUAUUUCUCAUUCUAGUCCUUUCUACAUCUGCAAUGCAGCUGUGAGUUGCAUUCAUUCACUUGGAAAAAUAAAAGCAGUACUAUUGGCACUCAUUCAUUGUACCUAUUCUUUGACAGCGCGGAUAAGCUGUUAAACAGCUGCGUAAUGUUAGUAGAAACUGUUGCUAUUUGAUUUUUUUUUUUUUAAGUAUUGAAGCUAUUGUGUCUAUUUUUUCCACUACACAACAUAACAACAAUAUUAUUUUUAUAAUACAAUUGUAU